AUGUAUCUCAACGAUGUCGUCGGAAGCAAUGCUUCUGACACUCUUGUUAUGCUCCAAAACAACACCACAGGAGACGCUUUCGACAUGGAAUUCAACGAGCUCGACCUCGUACUAGAUGACGGCGAUGACCAUGGGAUUGACGGGCCCGAUUUUGCGGACAUCACAAUGAAGGAUGACAACGUACAAGCACAACAAGAGCCGCAGCCUGACGACUCGGCAGUCCAGAAGAGCGCGACAAGUGCAGUGACUGAUUUCACCAGGCGACGCAAUUGGACGCAGCGUAUAUUAGCAGAAAUGCAGGAUAUAUUGAUCGUGUUGAGUCCGGACGGGAAAGUUCUGUAUUGCUCACCGGCAAUCGAACCGAUUACGAAAUACAAACCAAAGGAUCUAGGCGGCAGGUUUGUCUCUGAGUUUGUACAUGAUGAUGACCGAACGUCCUUUAUCCGUGAAUUCAACGAGUCGAUCGCUACGGGACAUCGUCUCAGGUAUCAUUUUCGAUUUCGAAAAUCAGACGGCGAGUUCACAAUCGUCGAAGCCUCGGGACACGCGCACAUGUCCAGGGAGAAAGCCACACUCGGAACGGGCAAAGAAGAAAACCCAUGCGACGGGUUCUUCCUUCUUUGCCGGCCAUAUCCAACCGCAAGCAACGCGCUACUAGACACGUUUCUGGAACAUAAAGUCGAGAACAUACGCUUGAAUAGAAGAAUAGCAGACCUGAAAAAGGAAGAAGAGGAAGAACUCCGAGCUCAGCAGCAGUGGGUGCUCCAAUCAGACAACAAUUCAGGAACUAUGAGCCCUGAUGAUGACAUCGACGCUUUCACCAGUGUGCCGACUACCACCGCCGAUCAGCAGGGAGGUAUGAUGUUGCCGCCUGCUAGACCCAAUGUGUCGAGCUCCGGGCAGAACGGAUAUACAUCUAUGAUUACUUUAGAUAACAAUUUGGAUACUAUAUCUCGAAGUGAUACAUCAUCCGUCCUUGACGGCAUUGAGAUGCUCACGGGGCUGCGCUACGGCGAAGGCGAACGAUCAAAGGGUCUUAGUACGGGCGAGAGAGGUGCAGUCUUGAUCCAAGAACAAGCAGAUCUUCACCACCUAGGCUUAAGUUCGGAUGAUAACGACAAAAAGAAACGAAUCAAGACGACAGAUGAGUAUGUAUGUACUGAUUGUGGUACCUUGGCUUCUCCGGAAUGGAGAAAGGGUCCCAGCGGUCCGAAGACAUUGUGUAAUGCUUGCGGUUUACGCUGGGCCAAAAAGGAAAGAAAGCGCCAGGGAUCAAUCCAGACAUCGACUCACUCGUGA